AUGGGUCGGCUCGACUGGAUUGAUAUCACGGCUUCACAGAAAUCCAGCGUAAACAAUGACAGUUUUGCGUUUCGCCUUGUGAAAGUGGUGGAGAGUGCUCUUGACACGUUGGACAAAAGCAAUACUCGAGACGUGGACACACAGAGAAUAAAGAAUGCCCAAACUAGUGUAGGGCUUAAGAUGGAUACCAACUACGAGAUGAUCGGCAAACGAGCAGACGGAUUACCUGAUGGUAAGCAAUCAGCGCCGCCCAUGGACAUCCGCAACGGAGGAGCUACGAGAGUAUUGCUGACCUUUUAG